AUGGCGUUCAUUGCCAUUGCACUCGGUGUAAUAGCCAUUGUGGCGCUCAACUACGUGAUAUCCCGCGUUCGCUUCAAACCUGCCCGCACCAAAUAUGACUAUGACGUCAUUAUUGUCGGUGGAAGCAUCGCUGGGCCAGUAAUCGCGAAGGCGCUUUCGGAUCAGAAGCGAAGGGUAUUACUUCUGGAACGGGAUCUCUUCACAAAGCCUGAUCGCAUUGUUGGGGAGCUUUUGCAACCCGCUGGGAUUGGCGCGUUGAAGCGUCUGAAUAUGGAGGGAUGCGCCACAUCUGUGGGUAUGCCGUGCAACGGGUACGUCGUGAUCGACGAGCACGGACAGAAAGUGGCACUGCCCUACAGGGCAGGCUUCCAAGGCUACUCGUUUCAUUUUGGCGACUUUGUCAACAAUUUACGGAAGCAUGUCUGGCACAAAUGCGCGGCUGAUGUCACGAUGCUCGAGGCAACCGUAAACGAGGUGUUGGUUGAGCGAACAUCUUGUGUCGAGCGUGCUUAUGGGGUGGAGUAUUCCAUCGAUGUGGACUACAAAGCCCCAGAAGUACCAUUUACUGGUGCACCUCAGAAUGAUCAAGCGGCAAGGGCGAAAGUUCGAUGUGUGGCAACGGCUCCGCUUAUCAUUAUGUGCGAUGGAGGUUCGUCCAAAUUUAAGGCGAGGUACCAGCAUUACACCCCUGCGCGGCAGUACCAUUCCAACUUUGUCGCUCUUGUCGUGCGUAAUGCCCAACUGCCAGUGGAGAAGCAUGGCACUGUUCUCUUUGGAAAGACAGGUCCAAUUCUGGCUUACCGUCUCGAUGCAAACGAAUUCCGCAUGCUUGUUGAUUAUAACAAACCAACUCUUCCCAGCUUGGAAGAGCAAAGCAGGUGGCUUAUUGAAGAAAUAGCGCCAUGUCUCCCUGCUGAGAUGCGUUUCGAGUUCAUUUCUGCAGCAAAAAAUAUAAAUGGUAUUCGCUCCAUGCCGGUAGCCCGUUACCCUGCAACCUUUCCUUCUAUCAAGGGCUACGUGGGUAUUGGCGACCAUGCAAAUCAGCGUCAUCCACUGACGGGUGGCGGUAUGACGUGUGCGUUUAAUGAUGCACUUCUUCUCUCUGAGAAGCUUGCGGCUAUUCCCAAGUUGCGGAGUGAUGAUGCAACAGAGAUGGCUUCUAUUGAGGAUCAAAUUCAAAAGGUCAUUGUGGGCUACACCCGGACACGUUGCUUGCACAGCAGUUGUAUUAACAUUCUCUCGUGGGCAUUAUAUGCUGUGUUCGGUAUUCCUGCCCUGCGUACUGCGUGUUUUGAUUACUUUCUUCUUGGCGGCGAUUGUGUGGCUGGCCCUAUGGCGCUGCUGUCUGGUCUGGAUCCGAGCCCCAUUCAUCUGAUGCGACACUACUCUCAGGUGAUGCUAAACGGCAUGUUUAAUCUUGCCACAGGCGGCGGUCCAUACAGUUGCCGUGAUGGAAAGGAACCUGACUUCUUUGCGAAGUGCAUCAGGGCGGUUACAUUCCUGUUCAACCCGUUCCGCUUUGCAAAUGCAUUCUGCAUUCUGUACCAAUCAAUCCUCGUGGUGGUGCCGCUUGUGUACUACGAAUUUGUUUCUUUCUGGUUACUGAUGGACCCUACGAGCUUCAUCCCAACUUUGGUACGAAGAGUGAAAAUUGUUUUCUGCCGUGUUUUCCACGACGCGAAAAACUGGAAGCCUGUUGGUUUGUAG